AGGCCCAGCCUUCAAAACAUCGCCAGUGGCAGCAGCGCGGCGGCUGGGCAGCACUUCUCCGCCUCCCUGAUUUUAGGGUUUGCAGUGAUUAGGACAGCAUGUCCCGCUGUAUUUAGGCCCGGUCCGGGUCCGCUUACACUCCAGCUCCUUCCGGCGGGGUCCAGAGCGGCGGCUGAACCCGCAAACUCCGCGCCGCGGGAGGAGGAAAGUUGCCCGGCUUGGAAAAAGCUGCAUCCCGGGAGCUCGCGGACUGUGCUCGGACUAACCUCCAGCGGAUGGGCGGCUCGCCGGCUAAAACUGUCCGCUUCUUUUUCUGCUUUUUUGGGGGGUUGAUGAGCUCGGACCCGCUGCGGGAGCUCGAAUUAUCCUGUAUAUUAGUUUAUUAGACGGUUCUGCUGAGAGCUGGAGUGCUGUCUCACUUCUUGUUGUUUUGGUUGUUGCAGGAACUUUGGCUAAAGCUAGCUUAGCUUUGCCUGCAAAGUUUCUGGAAUUUGUAGUUUUUGCGUUUCCAGGCUUUGAGGCUUUGGGGCAUUGGUUGUAUAUAGAGUGUAUGUGUAUAUUUUUCUGGGAUUGUUUCUAGCCUCCUUUUUUUUUUUUUUUUUUUUUAACCAGCCUCUCCCUCUCUUUCGCUUAUGCCAAAAAUACCUUUGUCAAGUCAAGUGAUCCUCUAAUCCGGGCCUGCUCUGCUUUUUUCCUUUGCUUUUCCCUGAUAUGCACUGGAAACAAAGCUAGCUAAAUCCAGGCUGCAGAUUCUUACUUAAAAAUCUUACUUUAAAAUAUUUAAAAUAACUUUACAUUUGGAUUUCUGGACAUUUGCAAGAGUUUGCAAAUGCAAAAUCACCUCCAUCACCAGCAGUUAAAGCUAGUUUGAGUGUAAAUGUGAUGGAGAAGUAGGCCAGCCUGCUUUGGGAAAGCUUCUCUCCUGACUUUGGUGCUUAAUUUAGUUCUUUACAAAAUUAUGGAGGUUCUAAUAUAGAACAUUGGCAACAACUCACAAUUCACACUACAUAUAUACACACACAUAUAUCUAUACAGUCAGUCAGUCAGACUGUGGGUGUGUAUGGUCCAGUAAAGCUAGAGCUGUAUUAAUGUCCUGUAUGUUUAUGUGAUCCAUUCAUUCACUGUCCAAAAACAUGGAGCCCAGUGGUCCUCAGAGAUCUUCUCCUCUGGCCCGCGAGCUCACACGGGUCUUCGCCAACUAUAAUAAGCAUGCAACCCAGCUGAGGAGGAACCUGAAGGAGACUGAAGCUUUCUUCAGAGAGAUGAGACACAACUACAGCAAUGCACGAGCUUCAGCAUCAUCCCCCACUGCAGCACUGGAAGCAGGUCCACUCAGCUGUAUCUCCUUCCCACGGCAGGAGGAGGAGUACCUGCACAGCAUUGUGGGUAGUGUGCCCUACAUCCUAGUACUUGGACAGGAUUGCCCCGUCCGCUAUCAGCUCCUGAACUGCAUGUUAGGCGAGAGGCUCCUCCCCCUAGGCCCUGAACUGGGUGGGCCCUGUGGACCAGAGGGCGGGGCCUGUAAGAGGAGGAAGCUAUGUUUCACACACGGCCGGCAGACGCGGCUCAGCCUGGCGCUGCCCGGGCAGUACGAGCUCGUUCACCAGCUGGCGGCGCACUGCGGCCGCUGGGACACCGUACCCCGGCAGGACCUGGAGAUCCAGGAGGAGUGCGAGGAUCCUGCUCACCGAUUGGCUGAGCUGGAGAUAACGCUGCAUCACCCGCUACUGCAGGAGGCUAAGAUCAUGGUGGUUCCGUGUGCCGGAGUUCAGCCAAUAGAGCAAGUGUUGGCUGAGUGCACGAGCAAAACCCUUCCCAUCAUCCUCUACGCCCUCAGUCAGGACUCUGUAACCCCAGAGCAGGCGGCGGCUCUUCACAAGGUUCACGAGGCUCUUCCGUACCCGGUGUGCUUCGUCCGGGUUUCCUCUCCGGGAGAUUCUGGAUCUUCUGACCGCGGGUCUCUGCACAAACAGCUGGCCGCCCUCAGUCUCCUCUCCAGCAGCUCGGGGAACUGUUCCUGCGGCGCUCCCUCACAGACCCACGGAGCCGGGAAACCCCAGAGCGUUCUGGGAGAGAGUCUGGAGCGCCUCCAUCGCCUGCUGGUUCCCUUCGCUCGACAGGUUCUCACUGGCCAGCAGGUGGAGGCAGCCAACCGCCUCAACGCCCUGCACUGCCGCUGCCUCGACCUCUUCAUCAACCAGGCUUUUGAUAUGCAGAGGGAUCUGCAGAUAACCCCUCGGAGGCUGGAGUACACGCGGGAGAAAGAGAGCGAGCUGUUCGCCUCCCUCAUGGCCAUCGCCAACCGCAAGCAGGAGGAGAUGAAGGAGAUGAUUGUGGAGACGCUGAGCACCAUGAAGGAGCAGCUGCUGGAGGACGCAGCCAACCUCGAGUUCACAGAUAUUAUAGUGACCCCUAAUGGAGAGCCGGUCACCACUAAGGAGAUAAAGUCGUGUAUCCAGCAGAUCCAGGAGCUGAUCGUGGUUCGGCUGAAUCAGGCCGUAGCCAAUAAGCUAAUCAGUUCGGUGGACUACCUGAGGGAGAGCUUCGUGGGAACGCUGGAGAGAUGCCUCAGCAGUUUGGAGAAAUCCACCACGGACUCCUCCGUUCAUAACGUCACCUCCAACCACCUUAAACAGAUCCUGAACGCUGCGUAUCACGUGGAGGUGACGUUCCACUCGGGAUCAUCUGUUACACGACUGGUCUGGGAGCAGAUCAAACAGAUCAUCCAGAGGCUGACGUGGGUUAAUCCUCCAGCUAUAACUCCAGAGUGGAAGAGGAAAGUGGCUCAGGACGCCAUCGAGAGUCUGAGUGCAGCAAAACUGGCUAAAAGUAUCUGCUCUCAGUUCCGCACCCGACUCAACAGCUCUCACGACGCCUUCGCUGCCUCUCUACGCCAGUUGGAGGAGGGUCACACAGGUCGUUUGGAGAGGACGGAGGAUCUGUGGCUGCGAGUGAGGAAAGACCACGCCCCCCGACUCGCACGACUAUCACUAGAGAGCAGAUCUCUCAGAGACGUCCUGCUGUAUGGUAAGCCGAAGCUGGGCCGGGAGCUGGGCCGGGGGCAGUAUGGAGUGGUGUAUUUAUGUGAUAAAUGGGGAGAGCAAAACCCCUGCGCACUAAAAUCAGUCGUCCCUCCCGACGAUAAACACUGGAACGACUUGGCGCUGGAGUUCCACUACACACGUUCUCUGCCGAAGCACGAGCGGCUGGUGAAUCUUCACGGCUCUGUUAUUGAUCACACGUACGGGGGGGGCUCCAGUAUAGCGGUGCUGCUGAUUAUGGAGAGACUGCACAGAGACCUGUACACAGGCCUGAAGGCUGGUCUCUCUCUGAAGGAGCGUCUGCAGAUCGCGCUGGACGUGGUGGAGGGGAUUCGCUUCCUGCACGGUCAGGGGCUCCUGCACCGAGACAUCAAACUAAAAAACGUCCUGCUGGAUAAGCAGAACCGAGCGAAGAUCACAGACCUGGGUUUCUGUAAACCUGAGGCCAUGAUGUCCGGCAGCAUCGUAGGAACACCGAUACACAUGGCCCCAGAACUGUUUACAGGAAAGUAUGAUAACUCGGUGGAUGUGUACGCGUUUGGGAUCCUGUUCUGGUAUCUCUGUACUGGAUCUGUUAAACUGCCUGAAGCUUUUGAGAAAUGCUCCAGUAAAGACCAGCUGUGGACCAACGUUAAGAGAGGUUCUCGGCCGGAGCGUUUGCCCACGUUUGAUGAAGAGUGCUGGCAGCUGAUGGAAGCCUGCUGGAACGGAGAUCCUCUCCAGAGACCUCUGCUGGGGAUCGUUCAGCCCAGCCUGCAAAGCAUCAUGGUCCGGAUGUGUGACGGCACGGACCGCAAGAGCGCCAGCCUCGAGGACUCGAACUAACACACACACACUUCCAUACACUCCCAUAGGAAAACGAUCAAAAGACAAUAAAGAUAACGAUGAAGAUGAUGUUAAUGUAAAAAAAAGAAAAGAAAGAAAAACGUGUGUUUUUGUAUUUUGGGCUCAGAGAGAGAAAACGUAGCGAGGAACGAGCUCCAACCUCCUGUUAGGAUCCUGAUACACUAUUUAUGAUCUGAGCAGUAUAAAUUCAGAAUGUGCACGUAAGUAUGUCUGUGUUUGUGUUUCUUCUGUAUUUAUAUAAAGUCAGUCAGUCAGUCACUCUGCACACUAUGCCCUACUGAGCAUGCAUGCUAAUUGCUGCUUCGUUGUAGGAUUGUUUCUAGAUGUGAGGAGUUUUAAGAGUAGUUUGGUUUUUGCAGUAUUAAAAAAAAAAAAGACUUAAAUUUUAGACGGUGUUUAAACUGGUUUAUCAAUAUUAUGAGAUGACGUUUUGUUUUUGUUUUUUAAUAAAAAAAAAAAGAUUUUGAGAAACUA